AUGGCAGGAAUAGGACCGAUGACUCAGGAUUGGGAGCCAGUGGUGAUCCGUAAGAAAACUCCCAACGCUGCGGCCAAGCGCGACGAGAAGACUGUCAACGCUGCUCGUAGAAGCGGCGCCGAUAUCGAAUCCGUCCGAAAAUACAAUGCUGGAACGAACAAGGCGGCUUCAAGUGGCACGUCCUUGAACACGAAGAGGCUUGAUGAUGACACUGAGAACUUGGCUCACGAGCGUGUGCCUACUGAGUUGAAGAAAGCCAUCAUGCAUGCCCGAGGCGAGAAGAAGCUCACCCAGUCCCAACUCGCUCAACUGAUCAAUGAGAAGCCGCAAGUGAUCCAAGAAUACGAGUCUGGGAAAGCAAUACCGAACCAGCAGAUCCUUUCUAAGCUGGAGAGGGCUCUUGGUGCUAAACUCCGUGGAAAGAAGUAAUAACAAAUGCUCCUCAGAAGAUAAAGAUAAAGAGCUAGUCGCUGUUCUCUCUAAAGUUCAUAUGCUAUAGAAACUAUCUCUAUAAUAUAUGCGUGGUUCAGUGAUCUUUAGUAGAGUUCUGCGAGGUAUCUUUUAUGGUGUGUAAGAAAACAAAGAAACAUUAGCUGUUUGGACCCUCCUUUUGUCAGUAUAAAUAAUCCGCUCGUUAUCUUUGCAUAUCAUCAUAGCACAAACUUAAUUCAGAAUUCAACAUCC